AUGAGUGAAACCAUUAAAAAGUACGAGGUGGAUUUGUCCGCUUCGGCAACCAUUGCCGAGGUGAAGGAGCAACUGGCCGAGCAAACAGAGAUUCCUGCUGAUAGACAAAGACUCAUCUAUUCCGGUAAGGUUCUGAAGGAUGCCGACACGGUGGGCUCGUACAAGAUCCAGGACGGCCACACGAUCCAUUUGGUGAAAGGUGCGGCAAAAAGUGGCAGUGCUGCUCCGGAGUCCUCAUCGUCCUCGAGUGGCCAGGCGGGGGCAAAUACAGACGCCAGCAUUCCGCAAAACAUUUCCGCUGGCCAAGGAGCCUUCAACCCGCUAGCCGGGCUAACUGGAGCACGGUACGCAGGUAUGAACGUUCCUAUGCCGUCCAUGGAAUCGCUUGGGUUCGGGGCCGAUGGAAUGCAACUUCCGGACGAAAAUCAGAUGGAGCAAAUGAUGGAGAACCCAAUGUUUCAGGAGAGUAUGCGUGCGAUGCUUUCUGAUCCCCAAAUGUUGGAUUUCUUGAUCCAACAGUCGCCUCAGCUUAGCGCGAUGGGUCCUGCUGCCAGAGAGAUGUUGCAGAGUGACUAUUUCCGCAACAUGUUGACCAAUCCUCAGAUGAUGAGAGGCAUGAUGCAGAUGCAGAGAGGAAUGGGUGGAGGUGCUGCUCCAGGCUCGCCAUUCCCGGCUCCUGGUGCUGCUGGAACGCAGACUGAGACUUCUGGCUCCGGUUCGGGUGCUGCGUCCGGCGCUGCUUCUGGCUCAGAUACCGCAUCCACUCCUGGAGCCGGUGCGGCCAAUCCUUUCGCAGCCCUGUUGGGUGGCAACAUGGGAGCAGGAUUAGGAGGUUUGGGCGGAUUUGGCGGUCUUGGAGGUUUGGGCGGUCUACCAAACUUCUCCGCUGCUGCUCAGGACACCCGUCCGCCGGAAGAGGUGUUUGAGACGCAGCUGCGUCAAUUAAACGACAUGGGCUUUUUCGAUUUCGAUACCAACGUUCGUGCACUCAGAAGAAGCGGGGGGUCUGUUGAAGGCGCUAUCGAGGCCUUGCUCAGUGAGGAGGCCUACGACGCAGGGCGAUUGGUGACGAACGGGUUCGACCAGCUGGAACCAACGGAAGAGGUGCAGUUUGCCGUAGAAAAUGUGCCCAAGCAGAAAGAGUCCGCUCGCGAGCGGAAACGACGCGAGCGUCAGAACCACAAGCAGAAGCACAAACAGAGACAGAGUCCACGCACACAGUGGUCGUCUGUGGUCCAGGAACUAUGUUCGGGCGAGAACAAGGUGCUCAAGUACCACGACAUCACGGUUUAUCAGGAAGAUGUUCUUAACUUGCGCGACGACGAAUGGUUGAACGACAACAACAUCGCAUUUAUCUACGAAUACAUCACACACACGCACAUCGAGCCGACUUUGAAGAGACGGCUCAAGUUUGCAAACAAGCAGAUGGUCACAGAUAGCAUCAUUCUGCUGAUGCCGACGUUUGUGUUUCUGUUAGCACACCAUCCGGAGCCAGAGCAACUGAAAGGGGUUUUGCCCGGGAUCGAGAAGGCCAAGUUUGUGUUUAUGCCAUUGAACGACAACGAGGAUCUGGGCGUGGCGGAAGGAGGAUACCAUUGGUCGUUGGUUGUUCUGAACGUUGACGAGAAGAUCGCUUUGGUUUACGACUCUAUGGAGUCUGCGAACGAAACAGAAACAAAGAACCUGAUCGACAAAGUGAACAAGUACUACGGGACCAAGUUCCGGAUUGUUGUGGACUCGCACACGCCGCAACAAAACAACGGAUCGGACUGUGGAAUCAGUGUAGCUGCGUUCACUGCUAUUUUGGUGGCACGACUGCUGAACGUGGAGGAAAAACACAGAAUCAACAUGAGUCUGGAAAACGUACAGUUCAGCGCAUUAGACGCGCGCUUGUUUGUUUUGAAAUGUAUGAAGCGGCUCAUUGAGGAGUCGAGCGACUGA